AAAAAAAAUUAACUUAAAAAUGAAUGAAGAAUACUAGAAAUAUUUGAUAUGUGUAGAUCCUUCAACAGAAUAAUUUUAUACUGUAAAUACAAUAAACAACAUAAUAAGAAUAGAGGAAGAUGCGGAUGAUAUAAUGAAAAAUAAUGCCGAAGAUGCUAUUAAAGAUUUACGCUAUAUAAUCGAUACAAGUAACUGUGCAUGGUUAUUUUAAUCAUAACAAGCAAAAAGAUAUUAAAAAAGGCCAAUUCCAAGUUAUUUAUUAAAUAAAGACUCUUGUAAAUAUCCUACAUAUUUAUGUUAGUCGAACUUAUCAUUAGCAUUUGCAAAUGUUAAUUGUAUAAAAUUAAUAGUUAUACUUGAUCAAUAUUAGCAUUUAUUUAAAGAUGUUACAGUUUAAUAAGCUGAUGGCACCAAAUGGAAUGGAAAAUAAAUAGAAAUUGAAGGCAGAUGAAGUAAUAAAAAACAUUUUAAGAGAAAUAUAUAAAAAAUCAUAAAUAAAACUUAAACCAUUAAAUGAAGAUAAUUAGUUUAUAUUAUAAAUAAAAGGCUUUCGUGAAUAUUUAACCGGAAACCAUCCUAUGCUUAGUUAUGAUAGAGUUCGAAUAAAUUUAAGAGGACACGAACAUUUAGAUGUAAAAUUAACAGAAAUUCCAAUAAAUAGUUAAUAAUCAAAUUAAUUUCCACCAAUAAUUACAAGAAAAACCUCUGAUAUUGAAAAAAAUAUUUAUACUCCAAUUAACUGGACAGAUUUAUAUAAUGUGCCUAUUCUUCUGUGGUAUCCAUAGGUGGAUUUACCUCCAAAAGGUACUCCUAAUCCUAAUUAAGUAUUAGAAGAAUCAAUAAAAAAAUUAAAAAAAGAGAAAAAAAAAGAAAAAGCUAAUGAAUAAUAGGAAUACUCGAAUUAAUAUGAAUAUAUUAAAGAUAUCCCUUGUAAGGAAGAUGUUCCAAUGAAAGAUUUUGCUUCAAUAAGAUAAAAUUUUGGAAAAAUAAGCAGUAAAUAUUUAUCUUCAGGUGAAUGCGAUUGUUUAUUUAGAAUUAGAGUUUGUGGUAUUUAAAAUUUGUUUAAAAUUUUGGAAUAAAUAAAUCCUGAUUUAAAAGAACAUGAAAGAGCGACAUACAAUGGAAUUAUUUAACCCACAUAUAUAACAAAGACUAAUUAGGAUGAAGUUUUAAAACACAAAAAAAAGAAAUAAGAAGAAUGGAAAGAAUGGACAGGUGUUAAUCAAAAACAAUCUAAUUUAAAAUUUGCAAAAACAAAAAGAGAAAAAUAAGUUGAUACUCAUACUUUCGUUACAAAUCAUGGUAUUGAUGGUGUUUCUUUCAUGGCUGGUUUAGAGAAAAAAUUUGGAUUAAAUUUUACUCCUUAUUUAAUUUCUUUAAAAGUAAUGUUAUAUCACGGAUCCAUUUGUUUAAAAUCAUAAGAAACAAAAAAAGUACCUUUUUCAAGAUUUUGUAGCUUUAACGAAUGGAUAACUUUCGAUAAUUUAAAAAUAUCAUAACUACCUUUAGAAGCUAGGAUUCGAAUUAAUAUAAUACUACAUCCUGAUGAUCAAACAGAUCCUUAAAUUAUUGGUUCUAGUGUUUUAUGGGUUUUUAAUGAAGAUGGAAUUUUUGCUCAAGGAUUAAAUGCACUUAAUGUUUGGCCAUUUUAUCGGGUAUAAGAUAGGCUCUCGUGUAUGAAUUAAUAUUGGGGUGUUCCAAAUAUCCCAAAAGAAAUGCGUCCAAAGGCAUAUCCUGAUUAAAAAGAAGAAGAAAUAGUGGAGCAAUUUGUAGUAAAUAAUUUUGCAAGAUUAUUUAUUUAAUUAGAGAAAUUUAUAGACAUACUCUAUUACUCUUUAAGGGAUGAAAAAAAUAUGGAAUCAGUUGGUUUUCCGAAAUUAUCAAAAAAGAUGAAAGGUGAUCGAUUUAAAAACUGGAAUACAACUCCGAAAACAGAUGAUUUGGCACAUUUAUAAGUUCUUUUAAAUUUCGAUCCUUUAAAAAGAUGUGAAUAUACAGAAGAAGAUAAACAUAUACUUAUGAUUUGUAGAAAUCAUUAUAAAACCUUAACACAUGCAUUAUAGAUCUUUUUAUUAGCUAUUAAUUGGUUAGAUCCUGAAUAAGUUAGAGAAGCUCAUAAUAUGUUAAAACAUUGGACUCCUCUUUCCCCUGAAGAUGCUCUACCUCUUCUAGAUGCUAAUUUUGCUAAUGAAUGUGUCAGAUUGUAUGCUGUGGAAAGAAUUAGUACUUUUUCAGAUGAUGAAUUAGCUCUUUAUAUGCUUGAGUUAACUUAAACAUUGUUGUAUGAAAGAAAACAUUAUUCACCUUUAACAGAAAUGUUACUUGAGAGAUCACUUUAGAAUCCUUUUGUAGUAGGACAUGAGUUUUUUUGGUAAUUAAAAAGUUAAUUGCAUGUAAAAGUGUUUUUCGAAAGAUAUUCUUUAUUAAUGGAAUAAUUUUUAAUGUUAUGUGGUUCUUUUAGAAAAGAAUUAAUGAUAUAAUGCUAAGUUAACGAUAAAUUAAAAAAAAUUGGCCAAGAAUGUUAAGCAAUAUCAGAUAAAGAUCAACAAAAAAAAACUGCUAGAGCACGUUUAUUGGAAAUAAGAAAUGAUUUGCCUUAAAAAUUUACUUUUGCUUUAGAUAGUAGAGUUUAAGUUAAAAAUUUUAAAGUAGAAAAAUGCAAAUGUAUGGAUUCUAAAAAAGUACCUUUAUGGAUAGAAACAUAAAAUAUAGAAGAAGGUGAUGAGGGAAUGUCUAUAUUAUUUAAAUGUGGAGAUGAUAUUAGAUAAGAUUAACUAACAUUAUAAUUAUUGAAAGUAAUGGAUAAAAUAUGGCUAGAUGCAGGACACGAUUUUAGAAUGAAACCUUAUAAAGUAAUAACAACAGAUGAUUAAGUAGGAAUGAUAGAAAUAGUUUUAAAAUCAGAAACUACAUCGAAAAUACAUAAAAAGUUUGGAGGGGUUCUUGGGGCAUUUAAAGCUAAUACUAUUUGGUAAUAUUUAAAAGAAAAAAAUACUGAUCCUCAUUCUUUUGAAACAGCAACUGAUAAUUUCCUUAGGUCUUGUGCUGGAUAUUGUGUAGCUACUUAUAUUUUAGGUAUUGGAGAUAGACAUGCUGAUAAUAUUAUGUUAAGUUAUACAGGACAUCUUUUCCAUAUUGAUUUUGGGCAUUUUUUAGGAAACUUUAAGUUUAAGUAUGGAAUCAAAAGAGAAAGAGCUCCAUUUGUUUUUACAAAAGAAAUGGCCUUUGUUAUGGGUGGAAAAGAUGGUACUUUAUUCAAGAAAUUUGAAGAAUAUUGUACUUAAGCUUAUAACUUGGUUAGAAAAUAAGGAAAUUUCAUUAUUAAUAUUUUCUUACUUAUGUUAGAAGCAGGAAUGCCUGAACUUUAGUUUCCUCAUUAAAUCGAAUAUUUGAAAAAUUAAUUAUCUAUUAGUUUAAGUGAAUAAGAAGCUACUAAUAAAUUUAAAAAAGAAAUUCACGAUUCAUUAAAUAGUAUUUUUAGAAGAUUUGAUAAUUUUAUUCAUUAGUUAAAAAGAAAUUGA